UUCCAUUAUAAUAAAAUUGACCAACUCGCGUAAAAUUCAGGUAAAGUAUUGCAUUAGUACUUCUUUCGUAUAAAAUCAGCUGUUUUCAUGACUCCCGGGAUGGAUGACAAUUCUGAACUUCGUCUGGUCGGAAUAUUUGUUAUGUUCGUCCUUGGUCUCAUCACGUUCUCCUUGCUUGUUGUUAAUCUUAGUGACUACGAUAGCCUCGACAGUAAUAAUAUUUUAGGAAGAGAAACUUUCACAGAUGGUAAAUUUCAAACUUAUAAAAUAACUUGGAAGCUGUUCAACUGUUGAAAUCUUCGAUUGCUUCCAUUCCGCUAAAACAAGGAUUUCUACUUACAAAACAACUUUAUAACCUAAUAAAAUAAAACAUUACAGAUUAUCAUUUCGGCCGCUUUAUGGACGACUAGGCGCUGGUUAAAAGCUUGAAGCUAACCAUGCUGAAACACCCGACUGACACGACCGAACAUAUUACAAACAAACCUAUUCGAAACAAAAUUGACUUCCUCCUAUGGAGAGUGAUGGGAAAAAAAGUGAACGGUGUCUUCAUGGAUUUUGGCGCGGGAGAUGGUAUCAGGUACUCGAGGACUCUUUGGCUGGAGGAAACCAAAAACUGGAACGUGAUCCUGAUCGAGGCGAACCCGUUGAUGAAACCACGCCUUAAUGAAUCAGGCCGGAAGGCCAAAAUAUUCUCCAGCUGUCUCGGUCUACAGAAAUAUCCGUAUAUUGGCGCGUUAGGUUUAAGGUCAAAUUACGGCAGUCGGCUUCUCGACGACGACUGGAUCAUUUAUGAAACAAUAGUCGAUGUUGACUGCUACCCAAUGUACACUUACUUUCUCGCCGCUGGGUACAAGUCCGUCGACCUUUUGGUUUUGGACAUCAACGGGAGAGAAAUAAACGCCCUCAAGACAACACCGUGGAGCAAAGUGGACAUUAAGGCUCUUCUUGUAAGAUACGUAACACGGGACGACGUGACAGAGAUAGUAAAUUAUUUAACGAAAGAAUCACGGACUCUAUACGAGUUUGUCUAUUACGUCGAGUCAAUCGCAAUCUACUUGUAUUUCGUCCGGGCGGAUAUUUUCAGAAAGUAUAAACAAAAGGACAAGUGAGGAGACAGAGAUAAAAGGACGUCCAGAUUUCCCGAAUAGUAUUUUUUGUCUGGGGUCGUCAUGAGAAGAUCAAAGCCUUUUCUAUUAAGACGUCCGUCACAACCCACCCCUUGUUUUAUGUGACCAAACCCCCUACGCUUUACCCUAACAAUGUCCUCACAACCUCGCAAAUAACGAACAUUUUGUAUUUUG